GUUAAUAAUCAAUCAAUCAUACUUUUAAAGUUUAAUUUGAAAAUAAUACUUUGAAAUACCGACUUCACACUUUAUAUGAAAUAUUUCAUUAUUUAUUAUAAUGGAAUUUACUCCAAGUUUAUCAGCAUUUCAGGGAGUGAUCAUAUCUGCCGACAGUGUGCAUUCUUUUUCUAAAUUAACUUCCAGAGGAGGUAACGAAGAAAAAAUACAAUAUGUUAUAGACAGUAUACGAAAUUUCUUACAAAAAGAAAAAUAUAUGAUUGAAAAUAAAAUCUUAGAAGAAUCAGUGCAAAUUAUGCGUAAAUUUACUUUUUAUGUAGUUAUAAAUGCAGAUCUAACUAUAUUGGAAGAAAUGGUAGACUUAGAUGGCAUAGAUUUUGUUAUCUGGACGAUACCAACAAUACCUAAAUGCCUCAUGUGUGAGGUCUUGUGGAGACUACACAUGGAUUCAUUCGUUUACGAAAUAUUAGUAUUCAGUUGUCCGCAACUAGCCUUGGAAGUGGCAGAUGCUUUGAUAGAAAACUUCAAGUACUUCAAUCCAACAGAUUGCUUGCCUAAACUGAAACUUUUAACUGCUGCAUCUUACAGACUGAUCUGCAGGUUUGUUUUCUUUUAUUUGGAACAUGAUGAAUUGACUCAUGGCCUAAACAAUUUGCAAAAUUGUCUGAAAUAUUUUUUGGACCCACCCAAUAAAUCCAAAUUAGAUAGCCUCAGUAAGGACGAAAAGUAUAAAUUUAUUGGAAAUCGUUUAUAUUUAAUGCUUUGUCUAUUAGCAGAUUGUUUUAACAACUUUGUCACAGUACAAAAAUUGAAACCAUCAGACUUUCAACAAAUAUAUGAAUUAACUUACAAGGAGGGUGCCAUUAAUGAAAAUCAAACAUCAAUACUUAUAUCUGAUUGUAGUAAUAAUUCUCUAUUAGAAUGUAUAAAUAACUCUCACAUAGCUUUAUUGGAUGUAUGCAAAAUUUUAGUAAUGGAUGUCAGCGUAGAAAUAUUUUGCGCUUGGAGCGAAUUCGAAGACAAUGGAAAAAGCAUGCAACAAACUAUUGGUGAAUUAUGUUACAAAGUUCACAAAACUCUAUGUAAAAUUGCAAGUGUUUCAGAACACCCAAUUGUCACUAUGCUGCAACAAAUAUCAUGUAAACCUUUAGACUUAGUUGAAGUAGUAAAAAGAACUAAAACCGAAGACAUUGUGGAAAACAUUAAUAAGAUGGAUAGUGAAAGUGCACAGUGGGUGAAAGCACUGCUGCAUAUUGACAAGUUGUGUGAGAAUAAAGUCCUCAUGGAGCAAAUUGCUAAUCAUUUGGACCUGUUAAGUGAAGAUGAAUGUUUUAAAUUGUUUAAAAUUUUACAUAGUCAUCUACAUAAUAAUACUGAAAAUGUAAAACAGGAACGAUUAUUAGCAGUUAGGGUAUUUCAGCGAUGUAGCAGUGGCUCGAAACAUGAAAUUGUAGAUGAGCAAUUUAAUAAUUAUUUAUUCAAUGAUAACUUUCAAACUCCUGAGUUUGACAAUAUGAUGACAGAAUUUUUCAAUAAACUUAUCGUCUCACCAGACAUGGAUGUGUCUGACGUGCUGUCUGUAUUCCUGCAAAAUCCUAGAAAAGUAUACACCAGAAUUUUUACUUUAGCAAGUGAAAAUAUGCAACAAACUGAUAUUAUGCUUAAACUUAUGAAAACACUAGAAAAAUUUGCAAAGCACUACUACAAUGAGGAAACAGAGCCAUGCAUUAUUCUAAUAGCUAAAGAAAUCAUUACCAACAAUUUAGACACUGAUGAAAAGCAAAACAAUUUUAUAAAUUUUUUAAGUUGUAUUAAAACAUCAAAUGCUAUUCCUGGGCCAAAAUUAUUUUUAUUGGUAAUUAUGCCCAACUUGCACAGUGCUCUUCUUAACAAAAACAUCGAUAGUGUUUACAUUCAUUGCAAACUUUUACAAGAAGCGUAUCCCCUCAAAGAGUUAAUAGAAUACAGAGCUCCAACACUGGCCAUGCUAGCACAAGUGCUUGACACUGUGAGAUGGAAGAUCAAUACAUUCAUGGCACUUUCUCCCUCUACUUUGGAACUUGUUUUAAAGUUACAAACGUCACUUUUAAAUACAUAUGAGUCCCUUAUUCCUGAGAAGGAAAGUACGUGGUUAAAAAGUAAAUUAAGAAAUAUCAACCCGUUGAAUAUGUAUUAUUUUAGACGUCUUUGGAAUCCACCCGGCAACACAUUUGUAGAAGUCAUAAGUGGAAUACAUAUACACAAAGACAUGGACAUAGAACAUUUAACACUAUGGCUCUCCCAGGUGAUAUGUUCAACUAUUUUACCAGAAUGGUAUCAAAUAUGGGACAGUUUAACGGUUUUUGGUAAUGGAAAAAUUUUAGAUAUAUUUCAUGAUGCUUUACUUUUAAUAUCUGUAGCAGAAAAAACAAACCAUACUGAAACUACUAAGGGAUGUCUACUAUAUUGCAUCAAAAACUUUGUUGCCACAACAAGGUAUAAAUUCUUUAAGAUACCGAUAAGUGAUAAUCAAAUAGCAACAGUUUUUAAUAAAUUUGCACUUAUUGAAAAUUUUAUAGAAGAAAGUGACAUAGAAGAAUUGUCAGUAAUAUUUUUACCAUUAUUUGCUUUCAUAGCAGCAACAAAGGAAGAAGUUCCCAUAGACAUACCACAAAUGUUAUCAAACAAACUAAAACAUAAAGUAUUUGUAGAUAUGAUUAACAAUCUAUUUAUUAAAGAAAGCAAAUCGGAAAUUAAAACUUAA